AUGUGUAGGAAGGACGCAGACACGGCGGAUGCCAACAUGGACAUAUCCAAGGGACGAGUGGUUCUACCAAAGAACGUCAAGCCAUUGCACUACAAUGUCACCCUCGAGCCCAACUUCAAGACGUUCAAGUACGACGGCAAGGUCGAGAUUGAGCUGGAUGUAGUCGAAGAUACCAAGGCGAUAUCUCUCAACUCUCUGGAGAUCGACAUCAAGCACACCGAGAUCAAGGCUGGUGGCAGCACCAUCACCUCGUCGCCCAAACUGACCCACGACGAAGACACCCAGACGACUCAUGUCGAGUUCACCGAGACGAUCCCGGCUGGAACCAAGGCCACGCUCAUCCAGAAGUUCGAGGGCACGUUGAACGAUAACAUGGCUGGCUUCUACCGAUCCUCAUACAAGGGCGACAAUGGCGAAGAUGCGUGGAUAGCAACUACUCAGAUGGAGCCCACAGACUGCCGCAGAGCAUUCCCAUGCUUCGACGAGCCAGCACUGAAGGCAACUUUCACUGUCACUUUGAUUGCCGACGACAAGAUGACAUGCUUGAGCAACAUGGAUGUGGCUAGCGAGAAGGAAGUCGAGUCUGCGUUCGGUGGAAAGAGAAAGGCCGUUACAUUCAACAAGACCCCGCUCAUGUCCACAUACCUGCUCGCCUUCAUCGUUGGUGAGCUGAAGGUGCGCGAGGACAACAGCUUCCGUAUACCAGUGCGAGUCUUCUGCACACCGGACAAGGACAUCGCACAUGGCAAGUUCUCUGUCGAGCUUGCUGCGCGUACACUCGAGUUCUACGAGAAGGAGUUCGCAAGCGACUUUCCCCUACCAAAGAUGGACAUGGUUGCCAUCCCUGACUUCUCGGCUGGUGCCAUGGAGAACUGGGGUCUCGUCACCUACCGUGUAGUGGAUCUGCUUCUGGACGACAGAAACGUCAGUGCUUCGACCAAGCAGCGUGUGGCUGAGGUGGUGCAGCACGAGUUGGCUCAUCAGUGGUUCGGUAACCUCGUUACGAUGGACUUUUGGGAUGGUCUGUGGCUCAACGAAGGUUUCGCUACCUGGAUGUCAUGGUACAGCUGCAACAUCUUCUACCCAGAGUGGAAAGUCUGGGAAGGCUACGUCACGGAUAACCUCCAAUCUGCGCUUGGUCUCGACUCGCUGCGAAGCUCUCACCCUAUCGAGGUGCCUGUUAAGCGUGCUGAUGAGAUCAACCAGAUCUUCGACGCCAUCUCAUACUCGAAGGGUUCUUGCGUGCUGCGCAUGAUUUCUAAGUACCUUGGCGAAGAUGUCUUCAUGGAGGGUAUCAGACGGUACCUGAAGAAGCAUGCGUAUGGCAACACGACUACUGGCGACCUGUGGGCUGCACUUAGCGAUGCCAGCGGCAAGGAUGUUGAGCGUGUUGCUGAUAUCUGGACGAAGAAUGUUGGCUUCCCCGUUGUGACCGUCACCGAGGACCCUAAGAACAACAAGAUUCAUGUCAAGCAGAACCGUUUCCUGCGAACAGCUGAUGUCAAGCCUGAGGAAGAUCAGACUCUCUUCCCAGUGUUCCUUGGCCUGCGAACGAAGGACGGUGUCAAGGAGGAUCUUACACUCAACAAGCGCGAGGCAGAUUUCGAUGCACCGCUGGACUUCUUCAAACUCAACGCUGACCACUCCGGUAUCUACCGCACCUCGUACAGCCAAGAGCGUCUGCAAAAGCUCGGUGAGAAUGCCAAAGCUGGAUUGCUAAGUGUAGAGGACCGUGCCGGCAUGAUCGCCGAUGCUGGUGCUCUUUCUGCUGCAGGCUACCAGAAGACAGACGGCGUUCUAUCACUUCUCCAAGGAUUUGACACUGAGACAUCUUUCGUCGUCUGGGACGAACUCACCGCACGAAUCGGCGCGAUACGAUCGGCCUGGAUCUUCGAGGAUGACAAGGCCAAGGAUGCGCUGAAGAAGUUCCACCGGGAUCUCGUGGCACCACAGUCGCACAAACUUGGCUGGCAAUUCAGCGACAAGGACGGUCACAUUGAGCAGCAGUUCAAGGCUCUGCUCUUCGGCAACGCCGCCUCUGCGGGCGACGAGAAGACCAAGGCUGCUGCCUUUGACAUGUUCGAGAAAUUCACCGCUGGCGACCGACAAGCUAUCCACCCCAACUUGCGAGGUAGUGUCUACGCGGUCGUUCUCCAGUACGGAGGCGUGAAGGAGUACGAUGCGCUUGUGCACGAGUACGAGACUGGAAAGAACAGCGACGAGCGCAAUGCCGCACUUCGGUCACUUGGCCGGGCUAGAGACCCUGAGCUGAUCAAGCGCACUUUGGCAUACUCUCUCAGCAAGCACGUCAAGGAGCAGGACAUCUACCUGCCUCUUGCCGGCCUGCGGGCUCACAAAGAAGGAAUCGAGGCCUUCUGGGCAUGGAUGAAGGAGAACUGGGAGCUGCUCCGACAGAAGAUGCCACCCAGCUUCACCCUACUUGGUAGCGUUGUCAGCAUGGCAACCAGCAGCUUCACGAAAGAGAAGCAGCUUAAGGACGUGGAGCAGUUCUUUGAUGCACACAGCACCAAGGGUUUUGACCGUAACUUGGCACAGAGUUACGAUGCUAUUCGUGCCAAGAUUGGCUGGAUCAACAGAGACUCGAAGAUUGUGGAGCAGUGGUUGAAGGACAACAAGUACUAUUAG